AUGGCUCUCACGCUCAAUCUCAUCGACAAUCAUCUCCCUCCAUCAGUACUCACCUGGUCUCAGGACACAUCCAAAGACUUAAACGAACAAACUUUCCAUUUCCAGUUCCCCAAUUUCACAUUUCAGCUCUGUCUCUCUAUAGACCAUAAAACCUUCCUAUCAAGCCGAAUCCUCGAUACCAACAGCUUAAUACCACGCCGCAUCCUCGAUCCUCUCCGGCAACACGUCCGCUCAAUCUUCCUCACCCUCUACAACGAAGAUGACGAUUCAUCGCGUAUUAGAGAAGAACAUCUUCAAAUCGCCAUUCUCCAGGCCCUAGAACAUCUAUCGGAAUAUCCUGAAGAACCAGAACACCAAGCCACAAAUCCCAACCCCAAAUCAACCACCACUCCCACCAAAGGCUGGUCCGCCUCUGAAAUCUCCAGCUGGGACGACAUCAUCUCCAACCCCUUCGGCCUCGACGUCUCGACCGUUCGCGACACCGCCUCGUUCCUCUUAGGCAUGACCCCCGAGCAAAUCGCGCAGCAAAUCCCUUCGGCAUGGAGAAUCAUUCACUUCGAGAACAUCAUGCGAGAAGACCUCCUCAAGCGCUUCCGACGAUACCAAGACCACCUCCGCGCAUUCCUCCCAGAACAACCCAGUCUGCGAAAGAAACUCCCUCCGCAUUCUUCCCUAGACGGGCGCUACCGCACCACUCUCUCCAUCGACACUGUUGUGGAAGACAUGAUCAAGCCGAGGCUCACAUUCCACGGCACAAGCCUCCGCUCCGUCCGCUCCAUCAUCCGCAACGGCUUCCUCCUCCCCGGCAAAGUCGCCGACGGUAAACGCAUAGAAUCGCCUCGCUCGGGCAUAGCAUUCAACCGCGGCAUCUAUUCCUCCCAGUCUGCCGCGUACGCAAUGUCCUACGCCAGCGGCCAGCGAGAACAGACGCCCUUGGGAAUGCUUCCCAGCAUGCGAUUAUUCGUCUGUGCGACCGUCAUGGGCCGGACGUAUUGUUCUAAAUCGUAUAAUAAGAUCUCCAAAGCGGACAAGUCGCUGGGUUCUGUUCAUGGUCCCCUUGUUAGCGGCUUCGAUUCACACUUUGACGGCGGAUAUGAAUAUAUCAUCCACGAAGAGAGAGCAAUGCUGCCUUGCUUCGUGAUUCACCUUGACCUAGGCUCGGAAGAAGCUCUAAAGUCAAUUAAAGCAGCACAGCUUAACCCGGCAUCAAUCCAAGAGACGCCCACGACAUCGAGGGCAUCACGCCUCCACCAAGAGUACGACGACUCGCCUGGAGAUCGCAAGCGUAAGCAACACGCCCUCAAAGCUGCUGCCAUGAAAUGGUUCCCUUAUGGCUUUGGCACCGCCACGGGGACGAGCUUUGUCAUUGAGGAUAUCGGGGCAACGUCAGAUGACAGUGAGACUUAUGGCGAUUGGCAAGAAGAUAAACAUGCGUAUGAGCCAAGUGAUGAGCAAUCCGUCGGUUGGGGUAACCGGUCCUCUGGAUGGGAUGAAGAGGAAGGAUAUCUGCAAAAGGGAUUGUUCCUCGAUGAAUACCAGAAAGACCGCGAGAUGAGAGUCGAGAGAGGUAACAAAGCUGAACGAAGAGUAGACCUAUAG